AUGAACUAUGAAGGAAUAAAUAAUGAAUCAGACGUGAAACAUAGGUCCAAAAAUCCCAGAAAAGAAAAGCAAGAUAGCAGCAAUGGCGGAAGGAAAACUGCACCCACAUGUUCUCAUCUUCCCCUUACCCCUCCAAGGUCCAGUAAACGCCACCUUCAAAUUAGCAGAGCUUCUCUGCCUCUCCGGCAUCAGCGUCACCUUCCUACUCACCGAUCACAUUCACGGCCGCCUAAACCGUCACACCAAUCUCCAAUCGCGUCUCCUACAAUAUCCCGGCUUCCAAAUCAAAACCAUCUCCGAUGGCCUUCCGGCGGAUCACCCCCGCGAGGGCAACCGGUACAUGGAGUUGUUUGAUUCUCUCAAGGCCAAAACUAGGCCUCUGUUCAAAGAAAUACUGUCUACUUAUGAGGAUUCGCCGCCGGGACCUGUAACUUGCAUCAUAUCCGACGGGAUUUUGGAUUUUACCGGCGAUGUCGCCGAUGAAGUUGGAGUUCCGAUCUUCUUCAUACGCACUUACAGUCCUACUUGUCUCUGGAUCUUCUUCUGUCUCCCCAAACUCGUUCAAUCCGGCGAGCUUCCAUUUCAUGGAGAUGAUGAUUUGGAUAAAGCAAUAAAGGGCGUUCCGGGAAUGGAAACGUUUCUUCGCCGGAGGGAUUUGCCGGCGUUUUGCCGUUCCGGUGACAUAACCGAUCCAAAGUUCAAGCUUUAUACAGAAGAGGGCAAAGGGCUAUUGAAUUCGCGUUCUCGCGGUCUGAUUCUCAACACGUUUGAAGAGCUAGAUGGAUCCAUUCUCGCCGAAAUCCGAAACGUCUGCCCGAAUCUCUACGCCGUCGGACCGCUCCACGCCCACCUGAGAACUAAACUAUUAUUAUCCUCCGAAACGGCGCCGUUUCCCUCGUCUUCUUCGAACAGUUUAUGGCCGGAGGACCGGAGCUGCCUCGCGUGGCUAGACAAACAGCCGCGGAAAUCGGUGGUAUACGUCAGCUUCGGGAGCAUCGCCACGCUGACUAAACACCAGGUCAUGGAGUUCUGGCACGGGUUAGUGAACAGUGAACAGAGAUUCUUGUGGGUGUUCCGGCGAGAACCCUUCGCCGGAAAAAAUUCUCAGAGCGAGAUCCCGGCAGACCUGGCUGAGAGCAUAAAGGAGAGAGGAUUCAUCGUGGAAUGGGCUCCCCAGGAAGAGGUGCUAGCCCACACGGCAAUCGGAGGAUUCUUGACUCAUUCCGGAUGGAAUUCGGCCAUUGAAAGUGUUUCCGAAGGUGUUCCCAUGGUUUCUUGGCCAUACUUUCUGGACCAACAAGUGAACAGCAGAUUCGUAGAAGCAGUUUACAAUGUGGGAUUAGACAUGAAGGAUAGCUGUGAUAGAGUUAUAAUUGAGAAGAUGGUUAGAGAUUUAAUGGUGGAGAAGAAAGAUGAGUUGUUGCAGAGAGCUGAGGAAAUGGCGGGCAUGGCUAGGAGAAGCUUGGUUGAAGGCGGUUCAUCUUUCUGUAACUUUCAACGGUUAGUCAACGACAUAAAGUCUUCAAAUUCUAGGGUUCAUUAUCCUUAAAUAUCCAGUUCUUAGAUUCAGCAUGCUCAUUUCAACAACCUCAUACAACUCUUGCAUCAUAAUCUGAUUUUUUAUUUUGAAUUUAAUCUUAUCUUACAGCUAUUGA